CAGGUGUGGCCACCAUGCUGGGGCUAAACCACACCUUUGAUUCUGAGUUCAUCCUCAUCGGCUUCUCUGCCUUCCCCCACCUUCAGCUGAUGUUCUUCUUGCUGUUCCUGUUCAUGUACCUGUUCACCCUGCUGGGCAACCUGCUCAUCAUGGCCACCAUCUGGAGCGAGCGCAGCCUGCACACACCCAUGUACCUCUUCCUGUGUGCCCUCUCCAUCUCUGAGAUCUUCUACACCUUGGCCAUCAUCCCGCGCAUGCUGGCAGACCUGCUCUCCACUCGGCACUCCAUCGCCUAUGCUGCAUGUGCCAACCAAAUGUUCUUCUCAUUCACGUUCGGCUUCACCCACUCCUUCCUGCUCACCGUCAUGGGCUAUGACCGCUACGUGGCCAUCUGCCACCCCCUGCGCUACAAUGUGCUCAUGAGCCCACAUGGCUGUGCCUGCCUGGUGGCCUGGUCCUGGAUUGGUGGGUCAGUCAUGGGGAUGGUGGUGACAACAGCCAUUUUCCAUCUCACCUUCUGUGGAUCCAAUAAGAUUCAUCAUUUUGCUUGUCAUGUGCCACCUCUGUUGAAGUUGGCCUGUGGAGAGAAUGUACCAGUGGUGGCUCAGGCUGUGGGCCUGGUGUGCAUCACAGCCCUACUGGGCUGCUGCCUCCUCAUCCUCCUCUCCUAUGCCUUCAUUGUGUCUACCAUCUUGAGGAUCCCAUCAGCUGAGGGUCGGCACAAGGCCUUCUCCACAUGUGCAUCCCACCUCACGGUGGUGGUUGUGCACUAUGGCUUCGCCUCUGUCAUCUACCUCAAGCCCAAGGGCCCGUAUUCUCUGGACGGAGACACCUUGAUGGGCAUCACCUACACGGUCCUCACACCCUUCCUCAGCCCCAUUAUCUUCAGCCUCAGGAACAAGGAGCUGAAGGUGGCUAUGAGGAAGACCUUCCUCAGCAAACUCUCCCUCCAGGACUCUUGA